ACUCACCCUAUCUGAAGUAGCUAUAGUGUCAGAGUUCGGAAGUAGAACUGGGUUUUGAAAUUCUAGGAGCGGUGUAAAUCAUGAUCCUUUUGGGUUUUUGUGCUGAGCUCUCUUGAGUUUCGGUCCCAUUUGCAAAAAUGUUUGGAAAAUUCCAGCAUUUAGAUGUUAGUCAUUUUCACGUCCCGUGUUCCUCAAAGAAUUCGGUGAAUAUCGGAGUUUCAGUAUCACCUGUAGACGGGAUUGAAUCUGUUAAGAAACAGAGGGAUGAUAAACUGUUUGAAAAUCUGAUUGUCACGAGCAAGAGAAGUGGAAGAAUUUACAGAAAAACCCAUAACAGGAAAACUGAAGAUGUAGUUAGACCUGUUGUGGAAAAUCCAAGUUCAGUUAAGAACACAGAUAAAGGGUGGAGAAGGAGAAACGGGGAUUUUGGGAGAUCUGAAAACAAGAGAAGUGGUGCAGUUAAAAUCAGUUUUGACCAUGGGACUUCUUCCCAGGCGAAGAUGGGGACCAAUUGUUUGGCAAAAUGGGCUACUUAUGGGGGACACAUCCCAUUGAUAUUGCAAGCUAUAGAAACUGUUCAAAAUCUUGACGAGGCUCUCAGGCCAUGGGAGGAGAGCCUCAAUAACAAGGAGAGGAGCAUAAUCCUCAAGGAGCAAUCGAGUUGGGAAAGAGCUCUUGAGAUCUUUGAGUGGUUUAAGAGAAAAGGUUUCUAUGAACUUAAUGUGAUUCACUAUAACAUCAUGCUUAGGAUUCUGGGGAAAGCACAUAAAUGGAACCAGAUUGAAAACCUCUGGGAUGAGAUGAAGACCAAAAAAAUAUUACCCACAAACUCUACCUAUGGCACUUUGAUUCAUGUUUAUGGUAAAGCUGGCCUUAAGGAAGAAGCGCUCCUUUGGCUGGAAAAGAUGAACAAGCAAGGGAUCGAACCCGAUGAGGUAACAAUGGGGAUUGUAGUUCAAACCUACAAGAAGGCAGGAGAGUUUGAAAAGGCUAAGCAGUUCUUCAAAAAGUGGUCAUCUGGUAAAGCAGUUGAUGAUGGAGGAAGAACUGCAACUACCAGUGCUAUUAAUAGUUCUGCCCAUCAACCUCAUGUCUCUUUCAGCUCACAUACAUAUAAUAACCUGAUCGAUACAUAUGGAAAGGCUGGCCAACUUAAGGAAGCAUCUGAUACAUUUGCUCAGAUGCUAAAGGAAGGGAUUGUCCCAAAUACAGUGACUUUCAAUACAAUGAUUCACAUCUGUGGGAACCAUGGCCGGUUAGAAGAAGUUACUUCCUUGAUGCAGAAGAUGGAAGAACUCCAAUGCCCUCCGAACACAAGAACAUAUAACAUUCUUAUUUCUCUCCAUGCAAAGCACAAUAACAUUUUCAUGGCAGCAAGUUACUUUGCAAAGAUGAAGGUGGCUUGCCUUGAGCCAGACCCUGUGAGUUACCGCACUCUUCUCUAUGCAUUCUCUAUAAGGCAUAUGGUAAUGGAAGCCGAAACCCUUGUCUCUGAGAUGGAUAAGCGAGGGCUUGACAUUGAUGAGUUCACCCAGUCUGCUCUUAUCAGAAUGUAUAUUGAUGCUGGUAUGCUCCAGCAAUCAUGGUGUUGGUUUGAGAGGUUCCAUCUAAGCGGGAAGAUGACUUCUGAGUGCUACUCUGCCAACAUUGAUGCAUAUGGAGAGCGGGGCCACACUUUGGAAGCUGAGAAAGUUUUCAUUUGUUGCCAAGAAAGGAAGAAGUUAUGUGUACUGGAAUUCAAUGUGAUGAUCAAGGCCUGUGGGAUAGGAGGGGAAUAUGACAAGGCAUGUCAACUGUUUGACAGUAUGGGGAGUCAUGGGGUCUUAGCUGACAGAUGCAGUUAUAAUUCUCUAAUUCAAAUUUUAUCCAGUGCUGACCUACCACAAAAAGCAAUGCACUAUGUCAGGAAGAUGCAGGAAGCAGGAUUGGUAACUGAUUGCAUCCCAUACUCUGUGGUGAUCUCAAGCUUUGUAAAGCUAGGUCAGUUGGAAAUGGCAGAGAGUCUGUUCAAAGAGAUGAUUGCAUUUGGUGUGCAUCCUGAUGUUGUUGUUUAUGGUGUCUUGAUAAAUGCUUUCGCUGAUACUGGAAACGGUAAAGAAGCUAUGAGAUACAUUGAUGCAAUGAGAGAUGCAGGUAUCCCUGGGAAUCCAGUUAUCUACAACUCUUUGAUCAAGCUGUAUACUAAAGUUGGAUACUUGCAAGAAGCACAAGAAAUAUACAAAUUGCUUCAAUCAUCUGAGACAGGUCCAGAGGUGUACCCAUCAAAUUGUCUGUUAUAUCUCUACAGUGAACGUGCAAUGGUUAGACCGGCAGAGGAAAUUUUUGAGUACUUAAAGCAUAGUGGGGAAGCGAAUGAGUUCUCUUUUGCAAUGAUGUUGUUUAUGUACAGAAGAAUUGGAAGGUUUGAAGAAGCAGUGAAGGUCGUGCACAAGAUGCGAGAACUGGGACUCUUAACAGAUGUGCUGAGUUAUAAUAAUGUGAUUAGUUUAUAUGCAAUGGAUGGUAGAUUGAAGGAAGCAGUGGAAACUUUUCAGGAGAUGAUGAGAUUAGGCAUCCAACCUGAUGAUUCUACAUUCAGAUCACUUGGGGUAGUUCUGGUAAAAUGCGGAGUGCCAAAAGAAGCUGUUUGUAAACUGGAAUUAGCAAGGAUGAAGGAUACUGAGACUGGUUUGAAAUUGUGGAUGUCGAACCUUUGCUCUAUUUUUAGCGUAGAUUAUGAUCUUUGAUGUCACAGUGAACAAGUUCUGAAUUCUUUCCUUUUCGGAGGAAAUGUGACGAGAUGUAAAGUUGGAUGGAUGGAGCUCCAAUAGUCCUUGGUGGUUAAAUUGCAGUAAGAAGUUACUCCAAGUGAGGGAGAAUUCUAUUAACAGUUACAACUUACAAGGGAUGCAAUCGAUGAGGGUUUU